UUCACUCUGAUGAGACCACGAAUCUCGAAGUCCAAAUGGCACUCGCUUCUUCAUCCUCCUCGUCGGCGUGGUUUCCACUCCUCCGCACCGCCACCUUCUCCGGCGACCUCUAUCUCGGAAAGCUCACUCACGCCCGCAUCAUCAUCUCCGGCGUCCUUCCGGACGUCUUCCUCUCCAACAACCUUAUCACUCUUUACUCGCGAUGCAACUCUUUGCACGACGCCCGCAGCGUGUUCGACCAAAUGCCCCACAGAGACUUCGUCUCCUUCAACUCCCUUCUCUCCGCGUACGCUCUCCACAACCACUUCCUCCCUGCCCUCCAUCUCCUCCGCCUCAUGCUUCGCUGCUCUCCAUCGCUGCCGACCUCUCUUUCUCUCUCUCCUGUUCUCAAGCUCUGCUCUUUGUCUCCUGACUUCCUCCCGUCCUCGCUCUCCAUCCAUUCUCUUGCCGUGCGUUCAGGCCUUGAGUCUGACUUCAUUGUGUCUAGCUCUUUCAUCAAUGUGUAUUCAAAGAAUGGCCUUGUUGUUGAUGCUCGGAGAGUGUUCGACGUCAUGCCUUAUAGAGAUGUGGUGUUGUGGAAUGUCAUGAUCAAAGGGUACGUUCAGAUGGGAUUGCAUAAAGAUGCGUUCUUGAUGUUCUCGGAGUUGCACCGGAGUGAAAGUCUCCAGGCAGACGACUUCAGUGUGCAGUGUGUGCUUGAGGGAGGAGAACCAAGUAGUUUUGUCGAGCAAGUUCGGUCAUUUGGCUUGAAAAAGUGUUUGUUAAGUGAUGCCAUUGAUGUUAUCAGUUGGAAUAAGAAAAUGUCAGGGAAUUCGAAGGCCGGUGAGCUUAUGGCUGUCAUUGAUUGUUUUGUGAGCAUGAGAAGGUUAGAUGUGGGGUACGACAAUGUUACAUUUGUUAUUGCUAUCAGUGCAGUUGCAAGAUUUGAGGGUGUUGAUGUUGGAAGGCAGAUACAUGGAUUGGUUUUGAAACAUGGAUUUUGCAAAGACGUUUCGGUGUCAAACAGUCUUAUUAAUAUGUAUGCAAAGAUGGGUAUUUGGGAUAGUGCAAAGAAGGUUUUUGAGGCGAUGGAAGAGUUGGAUCUUAUUUCAUGGAACUCAAUGAUAUCCAGUAGUGUGCAGAAUGGUUUCACGGAUGAAUCUGUUGUCUUUUUCUUGGACAUGUUAAGGCAUAGUGUUGUACCAGAUCAGUUUACAAUGGCAAGCAUCCUUCAGGCCUGCUCAGUGACUUCAAGAGAAGCAACUUUGCAUGAAAUGCUUCAUUGUUAUGCUUUGAAGACGGACUUAGUAAAGGAUGAUUUUGUCCUGGCAGCAUUGAUCGAUGUGUAUUCAAAGAAGGGGAGCAUGAAAGAAGCUGAGUUGCUUCUCAGAGAAAUGGAUUGGUUUGACAUAGUUUCCUUUAAUGCACUAAUUGCUGGAUAUGUAUCAAAUAAUGACGACAUUGAGGCAUUAGAACUCUUUUCAUCGAUGCAGAGAAAUGGUGAAAAGGCUAAUAAUUUCACUUUAGCUACAAUUUUUAAGGCUUGCAGUGACUUGGUUGCCUUUGAAGAAGGUAGACAGAUUCAUGCUCAUUCUGUGAAGCUUGGUUUGGAUUCAGAUUUGUGCGUUAGCAGUGGGAUGUUAGACACGUAUAUCAAGUGUGGAAACAUUGAUGACGCAUCAGCUGUGUUCAGUGAAAUCCGUGAACCUGAUGAUGUUGCAUGGACAACGAUGAUCUCUGGAUUUGUGGAGAAUGGACAAGAGGACUGUGCUCUCAAUCUAUUCCAUCAGAUGAGGCGCUCAGGACCACCAGCCGAUGAGUUUAUUCUGGCAUCACUUGCCAAAGCUUGUUCCUGCCUCGCUGCAUUGGAGCAAGGCAGGCAAAUUCACGCAAAUGCUAUCAAGUUGGAUCAUGCAUUAGAUACUUUUGUUGGAACCUCAAUGAUGGACAUGUAUGCUAAAUGCGGGAACAUCGAUGAUUCUUACCAGCUAUUCAAAAGCAUGAGUGUUAAAAGUAUCGCAUCUUGGAAUGUCAUGGUGUUGGGUUUUGCACAACAUGGCAAUGGCAAACAAGCUUUAGAUCUUUUCAGACAGAUGAUAGUUCAUGGUGUUAGGCCAGAUAAAAUCACUUUUAUCGCCGUUCUAUCUGCUUGUAGCCAUUCAGGAUUAGUCUCUGAAGCUUAUAAAUAUUUCAAUUCAAUGCAGACAGAUUAUGGCAUCAAACCAGAGAUAGAACACUACUCAUGCUUGGUUGAUGCUUUGGGCCGUGUUGGUCUUGUCAGUGAGGCAGAAAAGGUUAUUGAAACGAUGCCUUUCAAUGCUUCCGCAUCGAUGUAUAGAGCAUUGCUUGGAGCUUGUAGGAUUCAGGGAAACAUGGAUAUUGGAAAGAAGGUAGCAACUAAGAUACUUGAGUUGGAGCCAUUUGAUCCAUCUGCAUUUGUUCUUCUGUCUAAUAUAUAUGCAGCUGCAAAUCAAUGGGAUAAAGUAAAAGACGCUCGGAAAAGGAUGAAAGGCAGUAAUGUGAUGAAAGAUCCUGGCUAUAGCUGGAUAGAAUUGAAAAACAAAAUGCAUUUGUUUACUGUUGAUGAUAAAUCUCACCCUGAAACUGCUGCCAUUUACAAUGAACUUGAAGAUUUGAUUAGAAGGAUCAAAGAUGAAGGCUAUGUCCCAGAUACUGAAUUUGUAUUGUUAGAUGUUGAGGAAGAGGAGAAGGAGAAGGCACUCAAUUUUCACAGUGAAAAGCUUGCAAUUGCUUAUGGUCUUAUAAGUACUCCUUCGCCGCAGAGAAUUCGGGUAAUUAAAAACCUGCGAGUCUGCGGGGAUUGCCAUAAUGCAAUCAAGUUCAUAUCUAAGGUUACUGCAAGGGAAAUUGUGUUAAGAGAUGCAAAUCGCUUUCAUUGUUUUAAAGAUGGUGUGUGUUCUUGUGGCGAUUUUUGGUGAUGCUAACAGUUCUUUUUUUUUGUUCAAGUGUAGUCUUUAUGACAAAAUGUAACAGUGAAUCUGAGAUGUAGUUCUCAUGCAAAAAAAAAAAUCCCAUUGGAAUUGGUCCAGAAAUACAACAGCAACAUUAUUUAUCAUUCUCACGAGAGAAGAAAUAAAGGUACAAUUACAUACAACGUUUGUUGCUUUUCAUGUGCCAGGCAGGGCUUGUUAUUCACAACAUACAUUCCAUU